AUGUCGACCAUUUCUGCAGCCAUCACCAAGGAUCACCGCGAGCUCGAACAGUACUACAACGAAGUUAUCAACAACCCCAACAACCAUGAUCAUCAACAGCGUUUUGGUAACCAAUUCACCUGGGAGCUCGCUCGCCACUCUGUAGGCGAGGAACUGGUUGUGUAUCCUGCUUUCGAAAAGUACCUCGGCAAAGAAGGGAAGGAAAUGGCCGAACAUGACCGGAAGGAGCACCAUACUGUCAAGGAGAUGCUCAAGGUUUUCCAAGGGAUGAAGGCCUCAGACCCCAACUAUAUUGAACAGCUUACGAAGCUGUGGGGUCCGUUGUCUCAACACAUGAAGGAGGAGGAAGAGCAGGAUCUGCCGGCCCUGGAGAGGAAGCUUCAAGAGACAAGCGAGGAGUCGGCGUCGAUGGCUAAAAGCUUUGGCCGUACAAAGGCUUUCGUACCGUCACGCAGCCACCCUAGCGCUGGCGAGCAUCCACCAUUUGAGACCGUCAUGGGUUUGCUGACUGCCCCUAUUGAUCAUAUUGCCGACCUGUUCCGAAAGUUCCCCGACCAGACUAUAUCUCCAAAUCCGUCUGUUAAGUGA